AUGCAUCCAGAUCUGUCACCCCAUCUGCAUACAGAAGAAUGCAAUGUCCUGAUCACAGCCCUACAGCAGUGCCAUGCUGAUCAUCCAUAUAAAAAGUUCAUGGGAGCCUGCAAUGAAGUGGAGAGAGCAAUGAGCAAAUGUAUCAAGCGAGAGCGAGAGAUGAAGAGAGAUGCAAACAGAAAGAAAGGAGCGGCCAAACAGAGCUCUUCAUGA